AUUGACUCUACAACCUCUCUCUGUCUCUCUCUCCUCCCAUCUUGGACAUUCGUGCUUGCUUUCCUGAUUAUUUUGGGACCAAAAGAUUGAUAUAAUAAUUCUUUUUAUACCAACAUAAAAAGUGUGUAAAAUUAGUUAAUUGUUCUUCUUUUGGCCUUUGGAUCCGCUGCGAGACUCGAAGCAAUCGAAUCCUUACAAACCAAAAAUACCCCAAUUCUUUCUUCUUCUGCUUCUUCCAUUGAGAAGUUGGUUCCUCGAAAGGAAAAACAACUCACAAUAUCAUCAAGUUCUUAUGCUGAUGUUCGGUUGAACUAACUUCUGUAGCCUCAUCAAUCCAUAGAUGACUACUCAUCGGCUUUUGAGCAUUUGUUACUCUAUUAUGUGACAAUUCGUAACUCUAAACCGCAGCUUCAGAUUCAGUUGCAUGCGGGAUCUCCUUCAGGGCUUCACAUCUUUUAAGCCAUGGGGGAGUGGAUCAUUGGAGCCUUCAUCAACCUCUUUGGCAGCAUUGCCAUCAACUUUGGAACAAACCUUCUUAAAUUAGGUCACAACGAGAGAGAAAGGCAUUCUAUGCUAGAAAGUGAUGGAACAAAUGGAAAGCUGACUUUGAAGCCUAUAAUACACUUCCACACUUGGAGAGUGGGGAUUAUAUUUUUCCUUCUUGGCAAUUCCCUUAAUUUCAUUUCCUUUGGAUAUGCUGCUCAGUCUCUUCUUGCGGCCCUGGGAUCUAUUCAAUUUGUAUCAAAUAUUGCAUUUGCUUACUUUGUGUUGAACAAAAUGGUGACUGUCAAAAUACUGGUUGCCACAGCUUUUAUUGUCCUUGGAAACAUUUUUCUUGUUGCUUUUGGCAACCAUCAGUCUCCUGUUUAUACGCCAGAACAGUUGGUGGAGAAAUACAGCAACAUUACCUUCCUUUUUUACUGUCUGACUUUGAUCUUAGUCGUUGCCUUACAUCACUCCAUCUAUCGGAAAGGAGAACUUAUGCUUGCUGUUUCUGGGCAAGACCUUAGACCGUAUUGGCAUAUGCUGCUUCCUUUUUCCUAUGCUAUAGUUUCAGGUGCUGUAGGAUCGUGCUCUGUGUUAUUUGCAAAAUCUCUUUCUAAUCUGUUACGAUUGGCCAUGUAUAGUGGUUAUCAGUUACACGGCUGGUUCACUUACUCCAUGCUUCUUUUAUUUCUUAGUACAGCUGGAUUUUGGAUGACAAGGUUAAAUGAAGGAUUGUCACUGUUCGAUGCAAUUCUUAUUGUUCCUAUGUUUCAGAUUGCUUGGACUUUCUUCUCCAUUUGUACAGGAUUCAUAUACUUUCAAGAAUAUCAGGUACUUGAUGCACUAAGGACGACAAUGUUCAUACUAGGAAUGAUGUCCGUCUUUGUAGGCAUUUCUUUGCUGGCACCUGAUGAGUCCAAAGGUGGUGAAGUCAAAGACAAUUCAUCUUUAGUUUCUGAGGUGUCUUCAACAGAAGUGGACAGGCUGGUUGAGCCAUCUGAAGAGGCACACAGUAAAGACACACGAUCAUUUGUGCAAGGAAUGCUGAUGAAGACUACAGAUAUAAUAACCAAGGCAAAGAUAUCACUAGGUAUUGGAGAGGAUUCAAUCAAUGCAUCUGCAGGUCUUGUGAUGCCCAUGGUGUCAUCAAAGAUAACAGGCUUUAGAGGAAGUGGGUUCGACCGGGCUAAGAUUCUUUCCAUGAGAAAUUCUGGUUGGAGCAAGAUCUCGAUGGAUGAAGAUGGUGAAAAAAUGAUAAACGCAAGACCAGCGUUCUCGGAUAACCUUUAAUAGGAGUAGCAACAAGUAUUGAUGUCUGCCGGGAAGAUUUUAUUUUAUACUCCUCUCUUUAGCGGUACAAUUGUUUAGGGUUCAUUGUUUUACCAAUCGAGAAUUCUGCUACUCUCAAACGUGUGAUAUACCCUUACAGCAUUGUAUAUACUGGCAUACAUAAUCAAGAAAAAAAAAAUGGAAUGGCAAAAAUUUUGUUGAAUCCCUAUAUGGGAUUGAAUCUAUAACCCUAUAA